UGGCUGCAAUGUUCUUCAAACUGGAACAUAACAGUGCUUGCAGUCUACCUAGGAAACAUAAAACAUCACGCACAACCGUUCUUGGAAAUAUACAAAAAAACGCAUAACAAGGCAACGUUCUUGCCAAACGGUGAGCGCUGACGUCAAAUUAUAUCAAUAGAGCGAGAACUGUCGGUCGAGGUAGCGGGUCAAGUCGGCGCGCGUCGACCAACCGAUGUUUUCUGUUCGACCGACGAAGGAACGGCCCCGCUCGGCGCUCAGUACCCCGCGAACCAAGCGACCGAUCGUACGCGCGUACGUAACAAAGUCCAGAGUCGUUUAUUAGUGCAUUAGUUCUAUGUAAACUGUAGGAAUUUGAGGUAAUAAUCAUUCACAUUACCUUGAAGAUUGCGGAUACUUCGCGAUUAGCAAAUAUUGAGAAAUGAACAUAGAUUUAGAUACCGACCGCAUUAUAACCGAGGUACGCUUUCGUCCAGCGCUGUGGGACUCCUCUUGCGAAAUGUACAAAGACCGCGAUGCUAAAAUAAAAGCAUGGCUUGAAGUCUGUCAAGAAGUGAUUCCAAACUUUGCCGAUCUCAGUGAUAUUGAGAAAAAACUCACCGAAAAACAAGUGCAACAGCGAUGGAAAACAGCAAGGGACGCCUAUGUGAGGUCCAAAGGCACAGCUGGGUUCAGGAGUAAGAAAAGAAAGAAGUACAUACAUUAUGACUGUAUGCACUUUCUGGACAAAAAGUCUGAUGCCAAUGAUGUACUAGAGGGUCAGAUAUUAGGUAACGCAUUCCAAAUAGAUAGCUGGUCAGUUACACAGAAUCCAAAAGAGGGCUCAAUCAAAGUGACGUCAUCAAACGAAGAUACAGGUAACUGUGAUAUUCCUACAACGUCACAAUGCUCUGAAUCCCGCAGAAAUGUUAAAGAGUUACACAGACGAAGAAAAGUUCAGAAAAGGCGAAAUUUAUGUACUGACGACAAAGACUUUAAGAGAGAAAUGUUAAAAAUGUUUAAAGAGAACAUGAAACUAAUGCAAAAUGACGAUAUGGCGUUCUUUUGUUCGCUUUUACCGAUAACGCAAGCGUUUAAUAACCACCAGAAGUUAAGUUUUCGGUCAGAGGUGCUAAAGAAGGCGAUGGAAAUUGCAAAUUUGAAUCCCAGUCAUGACCCUCUUGAAUUAUCCCAUGUUGGCACUGAAUCAACGGAAGAUCGAGAUGCCAAGGUUGUUACUAUAUUGAUGAAGCAAAGUCCUUAAACAUUUAACAUAUAUUGUUGGGAGUCAUUUAAAAGUUUAUAACAGCAACUCAUGCCUAUGUUUCCUUUACAGGAACUUUAAGUUUAAAAUGUGUAUUUUGUAAUACACUAAAUAUAUAAUUUA